UAAAUAUUUAAUACGUCCCCUAGGAGUGAAGUCAGGCUACACCGGAGCGCUCUCAUGAUCGAGCACGGAAGCACCCAACGUCAACCAUUCCACAGGUUCUUUGACUGUUGGCUCGGCGAGCUAAGUUCCACCCUUGAGCAGCUCGUCUCCGCCGCCAACCACCACAAAGACGAUGAUGAUAUCGAAGACGACUCAGACUUAUACUCGCUGAUUGGUAAAGCUGUAGGGCACUACGAGGAGUACUACAAGGCUAAAUCAGAUGGAGCAAAAGGAGAUGUGCUUUCGAUGUUUACACCCACAUGGCUGACAAAGCUGGAAGAUGCUUUUUUAUGGAUCGCCGGAUGGCGGCCGACGACGGCUAUCCACCUGCUGUACUCCAAGUCCGGAAUCCAGCUUGAGGCCAGGCUCAGUGAUCAAAUUCCGUUAUUCAGCUGCGGGGAUUUAGGAGACUUGACUUCGAAUCAGAUGUUCCGAAUCGACGAGUUACAGAAGAAAACCAUCCGUGAAGAAAGAGCUGUAACUGAGAAAAUGGCGACUUUACAGGAGUCGUCGGCAGACACGGACAUGAUGGAUUUAUCCAACGCGGUGUCGGAGAGGAUCAGGAAGAAGAAAUUCGAUGGAGGGAGGGAGAUUGAUGGAAUAGUGGAAUCGGUGAUAGAGGAGAAGAAGAAUGAACUGGAGAAGGUGUUACACAUGGCAGAUGUUCUGAGAAUGGAGACAUUGAAGUCCGUAGUGGAGAUACUGACGCCGUUACAGGCGGUGUACUUUCUAAUCGCUGCAGCGGAGCUUCACCUCCGGCUACACGAAUGGGGCCAGAAGAUGGACGCGGCUUAGUUAACUUCAGUCGUUUUCUUUUUCGUGUCUGUAAUUGUCUGUUCAAAUCAUAAAAUGUAAGAGUCUAAAAUCAGAUCGUGGUUGACAAAUAAACGUUUUUUAGUUUAAUCACACUACAACUAGAAACUUAAGUUUCAGCGAAAUUUUACAACAGAUGUGCGAUGUUUUAGACAUUUCCUUUAUUUAUUCCACAUUUUUUCAUAGAAGCGAGGGUUUAUCAGGGAUCAACUACAGAUCUCAUAAGUGUUUAUUGACGCACCUCAAUUCCUCGCCAAUCGGUCGAAGAUGAAGGCAUUUCAACGAGGGUUCAGCGACAGAGAGAGAAAUUGCCAAUUUUUUCCAUCUGGUACGUGUUUAGCGAGAUAACGCCGACGGAAAUUUUAUUUGGGGUAUGCGAGUUUUUGUUUUACAAUCGCCGAUCUCUCGCUGAAAUUGGCGCAACACAAUUCUAGUUUCACGAAAUUGUUAUGACGAAACACCUCACCAUUGUUGCCUUCCGAUUCCGGCAACCUCCAUAAAAUCUAAAAUUUGUUUUCAUUAACUUCCGAUUCAGGAUACAUAUGAGAGGCAUAAAGUUGUGUUUACAUUACUAACUUCCAUAACAUCUAUUGGUACUGCUUGACUGGUUCUGUAGCUCUGUAGCUUUGACUAGCUUUGACCGGUGUUUCUAAGCUUCACUCCACUUGUUUCUCAAGUGUUUCUUCUGAUUUUUUCUUUUCGGCAUCAAGCUUUAAAGGUACAUCUUCAUUAGAUAGAGACACAUAACAAUAACAAAAUACAUCUCUAAAUCACCAAAUAUAGAAACAUCAUACAUUAGCUCCACUAUCUCUUGUGGUAUGAUAUCCAAUUGGAUAUCACUUUCACCAGCUAAACAUAAGAUCUAUGAUAGAUGGACAUCCUGAUGAGAGCCACAAAAGUGAACUAUGAGAAUGAGAUAUUGUUUAUUUAACAAUAACAAUAGCUUUAAGUUGCAUUUCUUUCAAACUUUUAGAAUCAUGGGCUAGAUAUGCUUUAUGUGGUAGCUAUAUGAGCGGUCUGCAGAACUGAGUGCCAAGGACUUGUGUUCUCAGUUUAUUUGAGGAGAACUAAUGCAUUGCUAUCAAAUCACUUACCACGAAAGAUAGUUGAGGUUUCCAACGUUUUCUUGUGAUCAUUUCCAAGAAUUUCCAUGCUAACUCUGGUGGCAGAGUUCUUUCUGUAGACUACACAGACCUGGUUGGGGAGCUUGCCAAAAAACGUUGAAUUCAUAAUAUAUUGUGUUUCAGGUAUGCUUGUCGAAAGGGCUUGGUGCACCAGUUGGAAGUGUUAUUGUUGGGACAAAGAGCUUCAUUGACAAGGCAAGGAUUUUGCGAAAAACUUUAGGUGGGGGAAUGAGACAGGUGGGAAUGAGGGAAUCCUAUGUGCUGGUGCUCUUGCAGCUUUAAAAGAAAACGUUGGAAAGCUUGGAAAUGAUCACAAGAAUGCUAAGACUUUAGCUUGGAAAUGAUCACUUUAUUCGUUCAAAAAAUGUGAAACAAGCAAUUGUUGAAGAUGUGAAACAAAUAAAAAUUCUAGCUUAUAUAACUGCCUUGAAGAAGCUCUGCAAUCAUCCAAAGCUGAUUUAUGAUACAAUGAAAAUGUUCUCCAGAAGAUCUGGAUCUUGGACUGGUGGAUGAUGACCUGGUUGAAGUGUCAGGAAAGAUGCAAGUCUUGGCCUGUUUGUUGGCCCAUCUUUGUAAGAGAACAAAUGAUCGAAUUGUAUUGGUUUCAAAUUAUACUCAGCUGUAAUUCUUCAGACACCGGACAAAAGUUGCAGGAUGGGUCCAAAUCAAUCAGCAUAAUACAAAAGUUGGUCAACUACUUCAAUGAUCCAUCAAAGGAUGAGUUUGCAUUUCUUUUCAGCAGCAAAGCUGGUGGUUGUGACCUCAACUUGAUAGGUUGAAAUAGACUUGUUCUGUUUGACCUGAUUCGAAUCCUGCAAAUGAGAAACAGGCUAUUGCAAGAGUCUAGAGGGAUGGGCAGAAGAAGAGAGUAUGCAUCUGUAGGUUUUUGAUAUUAAACAUUGAUAUUUGAUGUUUUGGAUGUUUUGUUAAAAUUUGGUACUUGAUUUUGCUAUUUUAAUAUUAGUGUUUGUUUUGGAUUGUAUAAUUAUUUGAUGUUUUUGGUA